CCGGCCGGCCGCCGCUCGGCCCCGCCGCGCUCGCAGAGGCCGCCAUGCGGCCCGCGCGCUGGCUCGCGCUGGGCAGCCUCCUCGCCCUGGCGGUGCUGCUGGAAGGCCGGCUGGUGGGCGAGGAGGAAGCCGGCUUCGGCGAAUGCGACCGCUUCUUCUAUGCCGGGACCCCGCCGGCGGGGCUGGCGGCCGAGGCCCACGUGAAGAUCUGUCAGCGCUCCGAAGGCGCGGAGCGCUUCGCCACCCUGUACAGCAGCCGGGACCGCAUCCCCGUGUACUCGGCGUUCCGCGCGGCGCGCCCCGCGGCUGGCGGCGCCGAGCCCCGCUGGCUGGUGGAGCCGCAGAUUGACGAUCCCACCAGCAACCUGGAGGAGGUGACUGAUGAGGCUGAUGCCAUCGCCUCCGUGAACAACCUGGGAAGCAAGCAAGCCCUGAGUGCAGAUUACGUGGAUUCUGAUUACCAAAGAGGACAGCUGUACCCGUUCUCGCUUGGCAGUGAUUUACACGUGGCUACUUUCGCUCUCACGAAUGCAGCUCCGAUGACCCCAUCCUUCCGGGAGCGGUGGUACAUGAAUGUCAACAGCCUAAUGGACCGCGCCCUGAGCCCUCAGUGUGGCAGUGGGGAAGACCUGUAUAUCCUCACGGGCGCUGUGCCCUCAGACCGCAGAGUGCAUGGCAAAGUGUCCAUCCCUGCGUUUGUUUGGCUGGCGGCCUGUUGUGCUGUCCCUGGCAGCGGCUGGGCCAUGGGUUUUGUCAAGCAUACCCGGGACGGUGACGUCAUAGAAGACGUGAUGGUGAAAGAAUUGGAGAAACUGCUUCCGUUUAACCCUCAGCUGUUCCGGGACAACUGCGGUGAAACCGAGCAAGACACGGAGAGAAUGAAAAAAAUCCUGGAAAUGGUUAACCAGGUUCAGGACGAAGAGCGGACGGUGCAAUCGGAAGAGGGUGCUAGUGCCCUCCCUAGCGCAAAGAGCGAGAGAUCUGCUCUGCUGCCCCCAGAGGCAUCUGAGGAGAGGAGUAGCUUUUUGGGCAAGUUUAUGGGCCUGCUCGCGACCCCCAUCAUCAGGCUUUUCCAGUUACUUUAUUAUCUUGCCGUGGGCAUCCUGAAGAACAUGAUGUACUUUCUGUGGUUUGUUACCAAGCAAGUGAUUAAUGGCAUAGAAAGUGGCCUUUACCGCCUGGGUUCAGCCACCGUCUCCUACUUCUUGGCCAUUGGGGAAGAGCUGGCAAGCAUUCCCUGGAAGGUACUCAAAGUCAUGGUCAAAAUCAUCAGGGCCAUUCUCCGGAUCCUUUGUUGUCUGCUGAAGGCCGUUUGCCGCGUUCUGGGCAUUCCUGUCCGAGUCCUUGUGGAUGUGGCCACGUUCCCUGUGCACACCAUCGCUGCGGUUCCGAUUGUGUGCAAGGACAUAGCAGUGGGACUUGGUGGCACCAUCUCUUUGCUCUUUGACGCUGCUGUUGGUACUAUGGGUGGCCUAUUUCAGGUUCUUUUUAGUAUCUGCAAGAGGAUUGGCUAUAAGGUUACUUUUGACAAUUCUGGGGAGUUCUAGAACGCAAAAGACCUAGUAGUGUCCAGUUACAGUGAAUUUGAUUUUUUUUUUUUUUUAAUAGAGAAAGCUGGAAUAUUUUGUCUUUGCAAUGGGUUUCUGUUCACUGUCAAUUACCACUAUAUUUUGGCCUUGGGUAGGGGUAUCUGCAUGUUUUUGCAAAGGAAGAUGGUAUAAUUUAGAACUGACCUAAGAGAAAGGUUGAGGGUGGGAUUAUGUAUAGGACAAGCAUUAGAAUCCUUAUUCAUCCUGCUACACAUGGACCACCCGAGAUUCUCUGGUGUUCAUUUGUGAUAACUAAGAAUUACAGAGAAGGGAAGAAUUAGAAGGCAACUGCAAUCCAAAGAAUUUUGAAGCAAAUGAGAAAGGAAUCUUGUUUCUGUUAUUCUCUGAGACUUAAGGCCGAACCGAUAUAGAUGAUAUUGAUUUCAUUU